GAAAGCCCCUACACGUCUGCCAAUCACGGAAAAAAUCUACUAUGAAUAAUAAGAUUACAUAGACAGUCAUUUCAUAUAUACCCGGACCUACUAACGUAAUAUAUUAUGUGAUUGAGUGAAAACACGUGUAAAAGAAAAUUCAAAACUUAAAAUGACAGAAAAUCGUGAAAAAUUACAAGAGUUAAUAAAAGAACAAGGAGAUCUAGUAAGAAAAUUAAAAGCAGCUAAAGAAUCGAAAGAUAAGGAAAUCAAUGGUUUAUCAGAAAUUAUUAACCUUGAGGAAAAACAUUUAAACAUAUUGGAUAAAAUACUUAGGAAUUUUAGCUACAUAUGUGGAUAUACUCCAACAAAAAUUGAUCAAUUAAUAUUUAAAAAUGUAAAAUCAAUCGAUAAUUUUCAUGAAAAAUAUUCAAAUUUUAUACGAUGGUAUAAUCAUAUCAAUAGUUUUUCAUCAAUAGAACAAAAUAAUUUUCCAAAUAGCAUAACAAUUCCAAAUGAAUUAGUAUUCUUAAAAAAUUCUACCGCCUUAAAAGAUCAGAUAGCCGAAGAAGUAGCAAAAUUAUUAGAAUUAAAAGCACAAUUAAGUAAUGAAGAUGGAAAUACAAGUGGACCACAAAAGUUUACACUUAAAACACCGAAAGGUACACGAGAUUUUUCACCUGAACAAAUGGCGUUACGUUCAAGUGUUCUAGAGAAAAUUAUUAAUGUAUUUAAAGUGCAUGGAGCUGAAACAAUUGAUACACCAAUAUUUGAAUUGAAAGAAGUACUUACAGGGAAAUAUGGUGAAGAUUCAAAACUAAUAUACGAUUUAAAAGAUCAAGGUGGAGAAAUAUUAUCAUUACGUUACGAUUUAACUGUACCAUUUGCACGAUUUUUGGCAAUGAAUAAAAUUAGUAAUAUUAAACGUUAUCACAUAGCGAAAGUAUAUCGACGUGAUAAUCCAUCAAUCACACGUGGACGAUAUCGUGAAUUUUAUCAAUGUGAUUUUGACAUUGCUGGCGUUUAUGAUCAUAUGAUUCCCGAUGCCGAAUGUAUCCGAGUUGUUUAUGAAAUUCUAACAUCAUUGCAGUUAGGUGAUUUCAUUGUAAAAAUUAACCAUAGACAAUUGUUAGAUGGAAUUUUUGAAGCAUGUGGUGUACCUGAAAGCAAUUUCCGCGCAAUUUGUUCGGCUGUUGAUAAGCUCGAUAAGUCACCAUGGGAUGAAGUCCGAAAUGAAAUGAUAAACGAAAAAGGUUUAAAUCCAGAAGUAGCCGAUAAAAUUGGUGAAUAUGUACGUUUAAACGGAAAAUUGGAAUUAGUUGAGAAAUUAUUAGCAAAUGAACAUUUAAUAAAAAAUAGCAAAACAGCUAAAGAUGGUUUGGAAGCAAUUAAAGUGUUGUUGAAUUAUUGUGAAUUGUACGGAGUUGUUGAUAAAGUGUUGUUUGAUUUAAGUUUAGCACGUGGUCUUGACUAUUAUACGGGCAUUAUUUACGAAGCAAUUUUAUUAGGUGAUCAUGGUGACGGAGAAGGUAUAUCUGUUGGUUCUAUUGCUGGUGGUGGUCGAUAUGAUAAUUUAGUUGGUAUGUUUGAUCCACGCCACAAACAAGUACCAUGUGUUGGUGUUUCCAUUGGUGUUGAACGUAUAUUUGCUGUAUUAGAAGCAAAAUUAGCUGCAAAUAACACAAAAGUGCGUACUACAGAAGUAGAAGUCUAUGUUGCAUCGGCUCAAAAGAAUUUAUUGGAACAUCGCAUGCGAAUAUGCAAAGAAUUGUGGGAUAAUGGAAUUAAGGCUGAACAACCAUAUAAAAAGAAUCCAAAACUGUUAGCACAAUUACAAUAUUGUGAGGAACAAGGUAUUCCAUUGGCCUUAAUUAUUGGUGAAUCAGAAAUACAAAAUGGUAUUGUAAAAUUACGUGAAGUUGAUACUCGUCAAGAGUAUGAAAUACCACGUGAUCAAUUAAUAAAAGAAAUUAAAUUGAAAAUUAAUAAUAAAAAAGUGAAUAAUGACAAUAAUUGUAAAUUACAAAAUGGCACCGUAUGA